ACCCCUGGUCGCAACCGUAGCCAUUCCAUCCUUUCUGUCUUGUCUUUCGUUUCCAACAGGGCUGGGACGAUCGCACGAAUUUUCUCCAACUGAGUCAAUCUUGUUUCACUGUGUUUCCUUCAUUUUCCUACCAUGGUCCUAAAACUGCCAUUACUACGUACCCUCGCGGGCGCCCUUUGGCAGCGCCCGCGCCCACCCCGGCCGCCAACGAUGCUUGUCAGAAGAUCGGCGAAGCCUUCAAGAAAGGAACCAACGUCGGGGAUGGUCAGUGCAGAAGACGAGGCGAACCCGCUGUCGAGGCUGUCGCUGACCCGUGCUAGACUACACCAUUGUGGACGGGGGUUGGCCGCAACGAGUUGGAGCAUAGGAACUUUCAGUGCGCGUGUAUGGUCACAUCGCCAGGGUACAAUUCAAAGUCUAUAUCCAUGCUCUAUCUGCUAAUCAGUGCGCGAUAUGUUUCGCGUCGACACGGAAUUUUUCGUCCACGUCCCAUUGCACAGAGGGCCAUCAGGUCGCGUUC